CCCAAGAUGUUCCCAAAACUUCGACAGAGGAACCAAAAACUCCGAUGGAUAACCCCAAAAUUCCGGAUGCACCAAAAUCUCUCAAUGAUCCCGCAAAAGAACCGGAAAAAGCUCCCGAGGAUACUCCUGUGAAAACUCCUGAGGAUACUCCUGCGAAAUCUCCCGAACCGCCUAAGAUACCCAUACCUCCCGAGACAAAUAAAUCUCCUGAGACGGAUUCAAAAUCACCAGAAGAAGAACCCAAGACGCCGGUAGAAGAACCCAAGACGCAGGUGGAAGAACCCAAGACGCCGGUGGAAGAACCCAAAACGCCGGUGGAAGAACCUAAAAUGCCGGUGGAAGAACCUAAAACGCCGGUGGAAGAACCUAAAACGCCGGUGGAAGAACCUAAAAUGCCGGUGGAAGAACCUAAAAUGCCGGUGGAAGAACCUAAACUUCCCGUGCAGCCUCCAAUGGAAGAACCUAAAACUCCUGUGAAUGAACCUAAAGCUCCUGAGGAACCACCUAAAACACAUGAUGUACCCAAAAUUACACCGGAUGCGACAUUGUCGAUGAGUCCUAUUCUACCUACAUUUAUCAAUCCUUCAGAUGAUCCAGUUCCAAAAGAAGUUCCAGCUAAAACUCAGGAACCUGAAGAAAUUAAACCAACUCCUUCUAACGAAUCUAAAGUGACUUCUGUUGAUUCCAUAACCACUAGGAGAUCUUCGACAUCUCCAACAGAUAUAAAUCCUAGUUUAUCUCAAGCAAAUAAACCACCAUCUCAAACGGCUUCAAGCAAUUCAAUCAUAUUUGAUACCAAAUAUCAUCAUUUAAAAUUAAUAGGAUAUAUUUUAUGGAUGAUAAUCAGCAAAUUUUAUUAA